GCGGUGGUGAGCUUCCUCAUCGUCUUCACCAUCGUGGGCAACGUGCUGGUGGUGAUAGCAGUGCUCACCAGCCGGGCGCUGAGAGCCCCCCAGAACCUCUUCCUGGUGUCCCUGGCCAGCGCGGACAUCCUGGUGGCUACCCUGGUCAUGCCUUUCUCCUUAGCCAACGAGCUUAUGAAUUACUGGUACUUCGGCAAGGCUUGGUGUAACAUUUACCUGGCGCUGGACGUGCUCUUCUGCACCUCCUCCAUCGUCCACCUGUGCGCCAUCAGCCUCGACAGGUAUUGGUCAGUCACACAGGCGGUGGAGUACAACCUCAAACGGACACCUCGGCGGAUCAAGGCCAUCAUCCUCACUGUCUGGCUCAUUUCAGCUGUCAUCUCCUUCCCACCAUUGAUCUCCAUGUAUCGGGACCCUGAAGGAGAUGUCUUUCCCCAGUGCAAGCUCAAUGACGAGACAUGGUACAUCCUUUCUUCUUGCAUUGGCUCUUUCUUUGCCCCCUGCCUCAUCAUGGUGUUGGUCUAUAUCCGCAUCUACCGCGUGGCCAAGCUAAGGACCAGGACCCUCUCUGAAAAGCGUACAAUGCCAGAGGGGUCCUCCCAGACUGAGAAUGGCUUGAGCCGCCCUGCUGGGGGCUGCACAUCUCUGAGGAUGCAACUGGGAGAGAAUGGACAUUAUUCAAUGCACCACUGGCGCAAAGCCUCUGAGCUGGAGGACAUUGAGCUGGAGGAGAGCAGCACCUCAGAAAGCAGACGGAGGCGGAGCCGGGAGGAGCAUCCCCGCAAAAGCAGCAAGAGCCAGUCCUUCUCCUACUCAUAUUCCUCCAAGCACUCUAGUAGCCGUCUGUCCCGCUCUAGCAAUCGCUCCAUGCAGUUGUUCUCGUAUCGCCGUCGCCGGAAGCGUAGCAGCAUCUGCCGUAAGAAAGUCACCCAGGCCCGGGAGAAACGCUUCACUUUUGUGCUGGCCGUGGUCAUGGGAGUCUUUGUAGUUUGCUGGUUCCCUUUCUUCUUCAGCUACAGCCUCUAUGGUAUUUGCCGGGAGGCAUGUGAGGUCCCUAAGACUCUCUUCAAGUUCUUCUUCUGGAUUGGGUAUUGCAAUAGCUCCCUCAACCCAGUCAUCUACACCAUCUUCAACCAGGACUUCCGCAGGUCCUUUAAACACAUUCUCUUUAAGAAGAAGAAAAAGAACUUCCGGCAUUGAGCUGGAGAGAUGGAUUUGCCUUUAGCAGGAGGGGAGUUAAAAGAGAAGGAGAAGGCUCUACGCUGAAAAAUAAGGGAGGGAGGAGAACAUGCAUGGGGUUUGGGCUUAGAGAGAAGGAAGAGGGGUUGCUCCCUCAGUGGUGCAGAGUGGUGUUGUGGGUUACCGGAACGGUGUUCGGGAGGCUGAGGGCAUUCACCAUUGUGCAGAAUGGCGACAUGGUGCUGCAGGAGCGGUGCUGGAGUGUGGAUGGGUAAAGGGGGACAGGAAUGAUUGUCUUUGAACCUUGAUGGAGGGCAUGGGGAGUCCACAAAGAAAACUAGGCUAAGACACUGAGUUUG